GCCUCCUCCCCUGCCUAAUCUCAAAGUCCAGCCAGUCAGUGAGCAUUUGGAGCCCAUUCUCUCACUGAUCUGCUUCCAUAGAAGUUCCUUUCCUACCUGAAAAAGAUGAGUCUAGUGUGGAGACAAGUGCGGAGAGCAUUGUGCCUGGAGACCUCCUCUUCCAGAAUCCUCAAGAUGUGUCCUUCUCUGAGCCGUGCUUCGUGGGCAUCUGUAAACAAAUUUGAUCUUCACACAAAACCCAGAAUGCCCCCAUGUGACUUCUCACCUGAAAGAUACCAGUCCCUUGCCUAUGAGCACGCACUGGAGAUUCACAGGCAACAUCUUUCUCCUGUGGCGACGGCAUAUUUCCAGAAGCCCCUGCUGCUCCACCAGGGACACAUGGAGUGGCUGUUUGAUUCUGAAGGAAACAGAUACCUGGAUUUCUUUUCUGGGAUUGUCACUGUCAGUGUUGGUCACUGCCACCCGAAGGUGAACGCAGCGGCACAAAAGCAGCUUGGAUGCCUGUGGCACACGAGUUCUGUCUUCUUCCACCCUCCCAUGCACAAAUAUGCAGAGGAGCUCUCAGCCCUUCUUCCUGAGCCCCUAAAGGUCAUUUUCUUAGUAAACAGUGGUUCAGAAGCCAAUGACCUGGCCAUGCUAAUGGCCAGAGCACACUCACAACACACAGACAUUAUUUCUUUCAGAGGAGCCUACCAUGGAUGCAGUCCUUAUACACUUGGCUUGACCAAUAUAAGGACCUUCAAGACGAAACUCCUCACUGGGAUGGGUUGCCAAUCAACAAUGUGCCCAGAUGUUUUCCGUGGCCCUUGGGGAGGAAGCCACUGUCGAGAUUCUCCAGUGCAAACAAUUAGGAAAUGCAGCUGUUCACCAGACUGCUGCCAAGCUAAAGACCAGUAUAUUGAACAGUUCAAAGAUACUCUGAACACUUCUGUGUCCUCAUCAAUUGCUGGAUUUUUUGCAGAACCAAUUCAAGGUGUGAAUGGCUUUGUCCAGUACCCAAAAGGAUUUCUAAAGGAAGCCUUUGAGUUGGUGCGAGAGAGAGGAGGCGUGUGUAUUGCAGAUGAAGUGCAGACAGGAUUUGGAAGGUUGGGCUCUCACUUCUGGGGCUUCCAAACCCAUGAUGUUCUACCUGACAUCGUCACCAUGGCUAAAGGAAUUGGCAAUGGCUUUCCCAUGGCAGCUGUUGUGACGACUCAAGAAAUUGCCAAAUCGCUAGCAAAAUGUCUGCUUCAUUUCAACACCUUUGGAGGGAACCCCAUAGCCUGUGCCAUCGGAUCUGCUGUUCUUGAGGUGAUUAAAGAAGAAAAAACACAGGAAAACAGUCAAGAAGUUGGCACCUACAUGUUACAGAAGCUUGCUAAACUGCGGGAUGAGUUUGACAUUGUUGGAGAUGUCCGAGGCAAAGGCCUCCUGAUAGGGGUUGAAAUGGUGCAGGAUAAGAUGAGCUGCCAACCUCUUUCUUGCGAAGAAGUAAAUCAAAUCCACGAGGACUGCAAAGACAUGGGGCUUCUGGUGGGCAGAGGUGGCAUUUUUUCUCAGACCUUCCGCAUUGCACCCCCAAUGUGCAUCACUAAACCAGAAGCUGAUUUUGCAGUGGAAGUGUUUCGUUCUGCCUUAAUCCAACACAUGGAGAGAAAAGCUAAGUAAAAUAGUUAGAAAUGAUAAAUCACAAGCCUCAAGAACUUCCUACUUAUGUGCAAGGAUGAGUUCGAGGAAUUUCAAAACCACUGACACUUGAAUAAAACUUGUAGCUCUCCAGCAUAGCUGUACAAGACAUAGUUGACUGCCUGCCCACCAUUUUUUUUUUUACAGAUCCCCCCAUUCACUUAGGAAUUCUGGGAAAAGAUCUCUAUCUUUAGCAUGCAGACCAAGUCCCAGUCAGUCUGGUGCAAUUAUGGUAAUUUGAUUUUUCUUUGCAUUAAUUGCUUUAUGCUUGAGUAUGUGGCAUUUUUUGGCAAAUGACUCCUAAAGGAAAAAUCUUUUGAUGGAGGUCUCUUCAAGGAAAGACUGCUUUACCCAUCUCUUUUUGUUGCACUGAAAACAUCACAUGUCAAGAUGGAAUACCCGGAACCACAUUAGUUGUCUGGGGAGCAUGAAUAUGUAGUCUGUUUCUUCAAGUUGGAAGAUGGAUCAACCGGAGUACUUAGUGAUAUCAGUGGACCCCUGACAACCAAUCCUGGAGCCACCUUGCCUCAUGGCUACUUGAGAUAUGAUAAUAAAUUCAUUGUAUUGCAUAACCCUUUUUGAUUUAUACUUUGCAUUACUGUGGCUAAAAGCAUCCUAUGAAAUGAUGCAUAAAGCACUUUGGGAUGAUAACAACUUCCCCACCUUGCCUUUCAUAAACAUUUAUCAAAGUCUUCCUUUUUUUUCCAUUCCCAUCUCCUGACCUGGACCCAACUCCUCAAACUCUUACUCAAGUUCGUAUACUUAUUAUAAUAAAAAUUCAUAAAUUUUUCUUCCA